AGGCUAGGGAACUGGACGCUACGGGUUGCGGGGAUUUAUGUUGUGUCUUCAUUAUUCGCGUGUUACGCCUGUAUUUGGUGGAAUCUAAACCAAAUGCAGGGGGAGGUGAAGUCCUGUCAGCUCGUUGGUGUAGCAGCUGAUUGUGGACUUGAAUCGGCAAGCCAGGAAUUGGGAUUUCGAUCGCGAUUUGAAGUAGGAAUCGGGAAUUUUUGAUGAAUUAAAGGAGAAGUCAGUCCUCUUUGUAGGCGUGCAUCCAGCCGGGUUGUGUGAGACUCUCAGGAUGGGGUUAUCAAUGUAUACAGCGGGGCAAGACGUCUCUGACCUGAAGAAGCACGUGAGCGCAAUUGCCACUUUCCUGAGAGGACAUGAGUGGCUAUGGCGAGCGCACGUUGUGGAUUUUUUCCAAGCAAAAUUAUGGCAAGGCGUGGACGAGCAGUGGAAUAGUUGCCUUAGACAUAUCUCCGUGGAAGCUUUGUUGCUACUACCAUCUGGGGUUAUCCAGGAAGAAUGGCCUAAUUCUUUGAAAGAUUUUGUGCAAACAGCGUUCCAGCUUUCCCUUUCUCGGGCACAAGUUGACAGCUCUUCAUGCAUGUCCCUUUCAGGGGUCUCUCAGGCUCCCAUUGGCAGUGUGCUCGGCCAAGGGAUGAGUGUGAAGAAGAUUCACGAGAUUGGAAUACUGGCAGCACUAAUUGCAGCAACUGCGAAAUUGAAUGGAGCUAAAGACGUGAUUGAUGUCGGAGCUGGUCAGGGUUAUCUCGCACUAGUUCUGGCGUUUGAGUACCGGCUAUCAGUAAUUGCCGUGGAUGCGUGUGCUCACCAUGCAGACGUGACAAAUAAGCGCGCUCUGCGUAUCCAAAAGCAUUACGAUGCACGUUCCCGGAAGUCGCAACACAACAGUUCGACCUACCCUGACGUGCGUGCUCCUCGAACAGUCACAUGCCGUGUUGGCGUUGGGGAAUCUCCAGCACCGCUUUCUUCUUUGUUGCCAGCAAUCCAGGAAUCUAAUAAUCUGUUACACGUUUCCGAGGAUACGAUUGUAGAUCAUGGUGUAAAAUCUGUCAGGGAAGCGAAGGAUUGUGGUGUUGUGUUAGCUGGCUUGCAUGCUUGUGGAGACCUCUCUGCUACGAUGCUGAGGACUUUUAUUGAGUGCAAGGAGGUUGCAUCUGUCAUAAACGUGGGAUGCUGCUACAACUUGCUAUCGGAAGAAACCAGCAACGUCGACAAGAAAACACCCGUACUUGGGUUUCCUAUGAGUGAAGCAGUUGCUAACUUAGGAUUGGAUUUGGGAAGAAGUGCUCGUGAUCUCGCCUGUCAAAGUGCCGACAGAUGGAAAGAGCACCAUCCAACAAAAGCUGCUCUGACUUUCGAGCUCCAUGCGUUCCGGGCUGCUUUCCAGAUGGUUCUAGAGCGAUAUUACCCUGAGACAGCCCGAAGUAGCCCAUCUGUAGGCCGACUGGGCAAGUCACGGCGUAGGCGUCAAGCACGACAAUCAGCAAUGAAGCCCGUGACCACCACCAAAGAGUCGUCUGCGUCUUCAUCUCGCUGCAGUUGGGAUGAACCUUCUACCGCUUCUCAAGAUGGGGAUGUUCUAAGUUUAGAACAUGGAGAGGAAUCUGUCAAAGUUGAAUUUCAGGUGGAGGAUGUCAGCGAUACCAAUGGAACUAGCGGGGAUUUUGAAAAACAGGCACAAAGGUUUGACGAAUAUGCUAAAGCUGCAUUGGACCGCCUCGAUCUAUCUCCCCUUUCGUCCUCUGUCUUCCAUUCCAUCUGGAGAGAGGUAGCUCCGUUUAAGGAUCUCGUGGGGCCGUUCUACUCUUUGAGGGCCGUGUUGGCUUCAGUGAUAGAAACGUAUGUUUUGUUGGACCGGCUGUUGUAUGUGAAGGAACAAGCCGAGAAGACUGGUGCCAAGGAGCGCAUAACCGUCGAGCUUGUUCCUCUCUUUGAGCCUUCCAUCUCCCCUCGCAACAUGGCCAUCAUAGCCCAUCGAAGUGGAGCUUGAAUUCUGGUCUAGUAACUACAGAAUUCAACAGCUCUCAGCACCAUAUCUAAGGUUAAAUUGAAUAAACCAUCGUCAAUGAAGGAACUCCAGCAGUGACUCAUUUUUGGGGCUCUCACAUGCUUUGUUGUGUAUCAAGUCAGGAUGCAUGAAUUGGCAGUUCAUUUGCAACUUUCGCCUGAAGUAAGUACACAAAAAGUUUGUUAGUGGCACAGCAACAGAUAGAAAGAUUUCUAGCUUGUGGGUCCACAUAUACACACAAGUGUGUUGGUGCACCACAAACUUGUGCUCGACUUGGUGAGCUCAAUUUAUUGUUUUGCAGUUGAGAUGAAGUCCACCAUCUCUCUCUUUGGACUA